AUGGAUGGGAAGUCUAACCAUCCGAUCAAGCCGGAUCCUUCUUCCCCGAACUUCGUCCGCAACUUUCAGGCCGCCUUGAAGCGCCACCGUCCUAUCGGUACAGGGCAAUCCAAUAUCAUUAGGCCAAGACGUACUCUUCUUAUUCAACCAAAGGAUUCGCUCACACGCCGAAACAACGAUUCUGAAGCUAGCACUGUUGUUAACCCUUCUCAAGAUGCAAAUGUUCACACCAAGGUUCCUCAAGGGGCCAAUGAUGAAAAGGCCAUUGAGUUGGAGAGUUUGUCUUCUUAUAUGAGUUCACUUGGAUUCACAGAAAUGGAAUAUGUUGAAGGCAACCAACACGAAGCUUCAAUUGAUGAUUCAAAGGAAGCUAAAAUUCAGAAGGCCGAGCCUGAUGGAGGAGUAAGUUGCUCUAUGUUGCCGAGGAGAGGUCCGGUUACACGGGAUAAUUUGCACCAGUUCAGAAACUUUCUUAGUAAGCCAGCAACACAGUCUUCGGUGGUUGGACCUUCGUGUGCCACAACUACCUCGGUCAAUUCAACUUCAGCUCCUAUGAUGAAUUCAACGACCCGUUUGCAUUUAGAAAGUGGCCCUAGCGUAGCUGCCAUUCCUUUAGGAAAAGCUGAAAGAGUUAUGGAAUCAGAAAAUAUAGACAUUAGUGUCGAAAAAGUGAAUAAAUUAUCCGUUGAUAAGGCUGCAAAUGCGGUGCAAACAUUUGAUUCUUGUGUUGACUCUGAGUUGGCAUUUAAAGGGAGUGACCAAUCUAAGGAGCAACCAGAAUGCAUGUUAAAAGAAACUCAAAAUUCAAAAUAUGCUUCUUCUGAUAGUGACAAGUUGAUCAAAGGGAAAGAACCUGCAGAUGUUGCCAGCGUACAGCCUCAGGCUCAAGUGCCCAAAGCAUCAUCUUUGGACGCAAAGUCUGAAUAUUCUAAGUUAGAAAAACGAGAGAAGGCUGCGAGUAGUAAAGGUUCCUCCGUCACUAAGAAAAGGACUUAUGACCCAGAUUUAUUUUUCAAGGUCAAUGGCAAGCUUUAUCAACGUCUUGGCAAGAUAGGAAGUGGUGGAAGUAGUGAGGUGCACAAAGUGAUUUCAUCAGAUUGUAAUAUAUAUGCACUUAAGAAGAUCAAACUCAGGGGUCGUGAUUAUGCUACUGCAUAUGGAUUUUGUCAAGAGAUUGAGUAUCUUAAUAGGCUGAAAGGAAAGGACAACAUUAUACAGCUUAUAGAUUAUGAGGUGACUGACAAGGCUUUGCUUGAAGAAGUUAUGAAAGGCUCUCUUUGUAAUAAGGAUGGCCGGGUCAAAGAUGAUGGAUAUAUAUACAUGGUUCUUGAAUACGGUGAAAUUGAUUUAGCUCACAUGUUGUCACAGCAGUGGAAGAAACUGGGUGAAUCAAAUGAGAUCAUAGAUGAAAACUGGCUUCGAUUUUAUUGGCAGCAAAUUCUUCAAGCUGUCAAUACAAUUCACGAGGAACGUAUUGUGCACUCUGACUUGAAGCCUGCUAACUUCCUCCUUGUCAAGGGUUCCCUAAAACUAAUUGAUUUCGGGAUCGCCAAAGCAAUAAUGAGCGAUACUACUAAUAUCCAACGGGAAUCACAGGUGGGUACUCUGAGCUACAUGUCUCCAGAGGCAUUUUUGUGUAAUGAGACUGAUGCGAAUGGAAACAUCAUCAAGUGUGGACGGCCAUCAGAUAUCUGGUCUUUGGGUUGCAUCCUUUAUCAAAUGGUAUAUGGGAGAACCCCUUUUUCAGAAUACAAGACAUUUUGGGCCAAAUUUAAAAUUAUUACAGAUCCCAAUCAUAAGAUCACCUAUGAACGACUUUCAAAUCCAUGGUUAGUGGAUCUUAUGAAGAGGUGUCUAGCAUGGGAUCGCAAUCGAAGGUGGAGAAUUCCUCAGUUACUCCAACAUCCUUUUCUUGCACCUCACGUACUACCUCAUCCAUCUUUGUCCCAAGACCAUAGCUGUAAAUUUGUACAACUUGUUGCUGAACCUUGUGCUUAUGACCCUGAAACAUCCCAACUUUGUCAUGAACUCCAACGUCUACUGGUUGAUCCACUUGAGUCAGCGAAUCAGUCACUAAACUCAAGAGAUCAACUAAUAACACUGUUGUCCCAACUGUCUGAACUCUGUACUCAACUGCGGGAACGUUUGAUGGGUACUGAUAUUGAGUAA